AUGCCGCCGAAGUCCUCAGUUCCUGCAGCGUCGAAGCAGACGAUUGAAGAGUCCUUCCGUGGUACAUCGACAAGGCGAGCGUAUGCAACAUACCAAAAGCAGUUCGAGUCCUAUCUGCAGGUAGAAAAACCAGGUAUUACACCCGAAUCAGCGGGCACAGAGGAUUGUACAGACUUUUUCCAUUACUUAUACACGAAUGGCAGAAAAGCACGAACUAUUGACCUUGCGAAAUCCGCACUGGUGGCCUUCUUCAAAGACAAGAACGUGUCACCCAACCCAGCGCAGAAUAGUGAUGCCCGACGGUACAUUAUUGGGCUACAAAAGUUCAAUAAGCAGAACAAUGUGGACGAAGAAAAAAAGGCCUACCCAUUGACGGCUCAGGAGCUCUCAACACUCAUGAACGGCCUGUCGGGCUACCACCCUUUUGUCGGCUCUCUCGUUCGAUUGUUGCUAGCUGCUGGCUUCCUUGGGUGCUUCAGAAUCAGUGAAGUUCUGAACCUGCGGGUCAACGACGUCCAACUCGGGUCCGAUAGCAGCGGUCGGUACCUGUCCAUUCGUCUGCGGUGGCACAAGAAAGCCAACGUUGAAGAAGAUUGUCAGAUCUACCACCUUGUCGACGAAAAGUCGUACCCUUGUUUGCGGGUUUGUGCCUUCUACGAUGAGUACCUGGCGUCCUUGCGAGCCUCUGGUGUGAAUCUUGUCAGCUCUGCAUUUGUGUUCCCAAACUUUGUACUCCUGGACGGCGGAGUUCCACGAGUUGACUGGCAGCGGCCGCUUGAACAAGCCACGCUGAGGAAACUGCUUGCUGAGGUUGCUGAAGUCACCCCGAACCUACCAAUUGGAAUCACACUUCACAGUCUCCGUCGCGGUGGUGCUUUCUACCGGGUGUUCGAGUCCACGGAACGUCGAUUCAACUUCCGCGAGCUGAUGGCCUGGUGUCGUUGGGCAGAUGCAAAGACAUGCUGUGAGUACCUCGUCACGCAGAGCAUUAGCAAUGAGAUCAACCCACGAAAUCUGCUACGUACAGGGGGCUCACAGAAUUGGCACGGUGGCAUCGCUUUGGCUUCUGGGCUUCCGUUCUCAAUUGAUGACCUUGGGGCAGCAGUGGCGAGAAGCCUACAGCAGAGACAGAGUUCUGAAGUGGCAGAGAAGGCUCCUACAAGACAACUGACAAAGGAUGCUUUCAUUGCACAGAAGACAAUUCCAACGGCACGAUCGGGCCUUCAAGCGUGGCAGCAAUGGUUCGUCGCCGACCCAGGUGCAGGAUUGGUCUGUGCCUUGAAAGACUACACAAGCGAAAUGAUUCGAAACGAUCGGAAGAGGUAUUCAGAGCGUCUCACCUUGGCUGGGGCGUUCUCAAGGUAUUCCUCCUUUGAGCAGUUCGAUGCGGCUUAUGCAGGGUUCACGAAGUCCUACGCCCGUCUUCUUAAGGAGGUUCGCCGUAGGAAGAGAUUGAAUGCAUUGUAA